GAAUCCCUAUUGUUAGAUGGAGAGUUGUAUUUCGCCUGGCUGAGCUGACCUAGUGGCGUAGUGGGUGCGUGCGUUGAAAGCGAGAUCGUCGCAUUAUGGCAGUGGCAGGGAAGGUGGUUGCGCUGGCGGAGGCAAGUCCGUCCGCCGGUACAGUGCGCGCGCACCUCGCCAUGCGAACACGCUCACCACAUGGCGCGUCGCCUGGCGCUGCUGGCGCUGUUGGCUUGCGCGGCGGUCGCACUCCGCCCGCCUUCACACUCUACCGAUAUUUCCGACUCCGAGUCCUCAGACCCGUUCACGCUCUGGGACGAAUAUGUGGAGUCCUAUGAAAAUACGCCUCCGCCGCGACCCGUCGCAGCAAAACCUCAUGACAAAGUGUUUCUCCGACGUAAAGUUCCAAAAUUAAAUGUUACUAAGAAAACUACUAAAAGUGAUGAUAAGGUUAUUAGAACCACUAUUAAUAUUUCGAGUCAUACGAACUUUUAUGUGACAAAAAUACCGCCGAUUAUUGAGACAUUUACCAGCUCUCAUACGCUAAUGCCACAAGGAAUGUACAUUAAGGUUGAUGAACAGCAAUCGUGGGUGAAUGGUGUGAGUCAGGUUUCGAGGUUUAGCACGAAGAAGCCGGUGAAGUCCCGGCCAUCGACCACUCGACGCCCGCCCACAUCCCCACGACCACGGACAACGACAAGGCGGCAGCGCACGACCACCACGCGGCGCCGCUCGACGACACGAAGCGUUCGUUCCACAUCGAAAACAAAAGUGCCAAAACAAAAAGUGGCAUGCUCACAAAAAAAACCAGGAUGGAUACCAAAUUUUUUUCAAAAUAACAAAAUAAAGAAAGCAUCGAAAAAGCAGGAGAAAUCAGGUUGGUUUGUAGGCAUAUUCUCCAGGCUGUAUCAUUGGUUAGUUGGAUCGAAAAGUGCAUGGUUCAGCGGCGGAUGGUUUGAAGAAAGGGACCAAUUACGAACGAAAACUACCACUCCUGUCCCUCCUACUACUUCUACAGAGAAUUGGUUCCAAUCAUUUCUCGACUCUGAGGAAAUUGCUGAUACAAACACGGCAAGCGAAACGAUAAAAAAAUCAGCAAAGAAGUCACUUAAGAAAAACUAUAAAGGUUAUCAACUCAUACGAGCGUAUCCAGAUUUGCAAUGGAAAGUGCAUUCGUUAUUGGAUCUGCAGGAAGAUGCUGAAGGGUCCGGCUUGAUGUGGUGGACAGCUCCAUCUCUAAACAGUUCUACAGACCUUCUCGUUCCACCAGAUUUACUGAUGGAUGUCAAAGAUCAUUUAAAAUCUAAUAAAAUUGACUUUGAUGUCGUUAUUUGGGAUUUGCAGAAAGCUAUUGCAUAUGAGAAUCCUAAAUUAUCAAAGAAGCAGAGAAUAGAACUGGAACAACUGCAUGGUCAUCCAUUGACAUGGAGGCGCUAUCAUCGAUAUGCCGACAUAUUGCGGUAUCUAGAAUACCUGCAGCACUCAUAUGCUGAUAUCGUUGAACUUCUGCCUCUGGGUCGUACUUCGGAAGGACUUCCGUUAGUGGCAGUCAAGAUCUCAGUACCAUCAAAUGAAACUCAAUCGAGAAGUUCCAUCAGCAAAGGACAAAAGAAAAAAUGGAAGUUACGAUCCCACUUGAAGCCAGCCGUCUGGUUGGACGGCGGAGCACACGCUCAAGAGUGGAUAGCUCCUGCUGUCACUACAUGGAUAUUACACAAUUUAGUCGAAGGGGAAAAAGGCUUAGGAGCUGAUCGAGAAAUACUCAAUAUCGCCGAUUUCUACAUAAUGCCGGUGUUAAACCCGGACGGUUACGAGCAUUCGCACACUCACGACCGGCUCUGGAGGAAAACCCGUUCACGGAGCCCCGACCACUCGGAUGAUUACUACGUCGGCUGGUUUCCCUGGAACUGGGGCCGAACGGAAUGCGUGGGAGUGGACGCGGACCGCAACUGGGAUUACCACUGGGGCGAAAAGGACUCCUCGACCGACCCUUGUGCAGACAACUAUGCCGGCCCUCAUCCCUUCAGCGAGCCGGAGACACGAGCAGUCUCCGAAUUCUUGGUGGAACAUAGGGGACAAAUAAAGGUUUAUUUAACCAUGCAUGCGUACUCGCAAGCGUGGCUCUUGCCGAGUUCUCACUCGCUCGCGUCCUUUGCCGAUGACGGCGUGUUGCUGGAGAUGGGCAAGCUGGCCACGGCCGCUCUGGCAGACUUGUACGGAACUAAUUACCAGGUAGGAACGGCAGCAGAAAUCAGACAACCAGCCUCAGGAAUGUCUCAUGAUUGGGCAAAAGCGCGCGCUGGCAUCAAGUUCUCCUAUCACGUCGAUCUGCGGGACUCUUUUGGACCCUAUGGCUUUCUUUUGCCAGGGUCGCAAAUAGUGUCCACAGCGCGCGAAACCUGGCAGGCUGUUAGAGCUAUUGUAGAUAAUUUAUCACCCGGGUUCAAAUAAAACUGUAUUUUCGAUUUUAAUCCACGUAGGUAGGUACGUUGUGAAAAUGUAGGUAUUUAAGAUUGUAUUUUGGUUGUAUUUUAGUGAAUACUUAUAGCAAUUAAUACGAUAAUUAAAUUCUAAUGUGUAAAUAUAGUUUAGCUUAGACGUUCCUAAUAGAAUUUAAUGAAUAUUCAGAUAUUCAAUAAUCGGUAGGUGUAUUUUAUUAAAACUCCUAUAUUUAUUAAUAUCUGGAUUUGCAUUUAUUUGAAUAUGUAU